AAUUCAUUCAUUCAUUUCCUUUUCCUUGACAUCGAUGUGAAGAGGCGCUUGCCAAUAUUUUUGGUUAAUUAUUUUAUCUCCCGUGAAUUUAACAAGAAAGUGUUGUUUGUCUCCUGAAACUUAACUCCAUAUUACGAACAAGAUGGUUGAUAGAAUUGAUAUGGCUCUGGACGACAUUAUUAAAGCUAGCAAAAAAGGUAGAGGUGGCGGCGGCGGCGGCGGUGGAGCUGGAAGAAAAUUUGAUAAUAGAAGACCAAGCCGCGGAGGCGGCGGCGGUUUUCGCAAUGGCCGAGCUGGAGGUGUAUUGCGAGGCAGAAAUCGUGGCGGAGUUUCCAAAGCAACAAAUUACACCAGGGGUGAUGUUAACAGCACAUGGAAACAUGACAUGUUCAGUGAAAUUGGAGAAAGGCGAGCUCAGAGAAGUGGUGGCAUCACAAUGGGCCCCACAAAGCUAUUAGUGUCCAACCUGGAUUUUGGAGUCUCUGACUCUGAUAUCCAAGAGUUGUUCUCUGAAUUUGGCAUGCUCAAGAGUGCUGCUGUCCAUUAUGAUCGAUCUGGCAGAUCCUUAGGGACUGCUGAUGUGGUGUUUGAAAGAAGAGCUGAUGCAUUGAAGGCUAUGAAGCAAUAUAAUGGAGUACCGUUAGAUGGGCGUGCAAUGAACAUCCAGCUGGCUACAUCAGAGAUAAGCUCCUUCAGGAAUGAAGAUAGGGGUAGACUCGGUGGUGGUGGAGGACCUAUCAGAAGAAAUUCUAAUAGAGGAGGUGCGAGACCCCAAGCCGGUGGCGGAGGACGCGGCGUGCGCCGCGGUGGACGAGGUGCUGGCGGCGGGCGCGGGGGCGGCCGGCGCCCCGUGCCCACGGCUGAACAGUUGGAUGCAGAACUUGACGCCUAUGUCAAAGAAAUUAAGUGAAGAUUUAAAACCAAAAAACCAGUGAAAGAGACACUGUUUUUGACAUAAGUGUAAUAUAAGUACUCAUGAGUAUAACCAAACAUGCCGGUUAUCAAUUUGUAUUAUCGUGACAUCUGUGGAAUUGUGGUCGAAAGAAAAGAUAGCAUGUGUAAUUUGUAAUAAAAUGAUGAAGAACAAUAUAGCAAAA